AUGCCGCCGGCCACGGUCGGCCCGCUGGACACGUCCUGGACGUGCCCCAGCUGCGGCCUGCUGGUGUUCCGGCGCCACUCCAGGUGCCAGCAGUGCGGCACCGAUCGCCACGGCGCCGCGGCGGCGGCCGCGCUGCCGGAGUCGGCGCCCCUCGGCGUGAUCCCCGCGUGGAGGGCCGGCGCGGCGGCCUCCGAGGCCGACGGGGCGGGCGCCAUGGCUGAGGCCGAGCGGCGGAUGGCGGUCAACGUGCAGAACAAGGAGGGCUGGGCCGAGAUCGCGCGCCUGAAGAGCAAGCAUGGCCUCAGCGACCACGUCGAGCUCGCCCUGAAGCUGCUGGAGCCCGCCCGGCUCGCGCAGCUGCUCGGCAACAACCUCGGCUGGAGGCUCGCCGAGGUCGAGAGCAAGGACGCCCUGCUGCGGCAGAUGGUGGCCGCCUCGGACCCCGCCGUGGAGCGGCUGCUCCUGCGGCUGGACGCGGAGGAGCAGCUCCAGUGCUCCCACUGGGCGCCCCACGUCGCCAGUGCGCCGCUCCGCGCCGUGGCCAAGGCGCGCCCGCAGCGGAGGGGGUCCCGCAGCCGGAGCCGGGCCGCGGGCCCGAGGCCGCCGCCGGGGCCGCCUCCCAGCCUGGCGCAGGCGCAGUGGCUCACGCCGCGACCGCCGCGCGGGCCGCCGCCGGGGCACAUGCCCGCCGCGCCGCUGCAGCAGAGGCCCCCGGCCAUGGUCCCGCCGGCGAUGGUGCCCCAGGCCGUCCUCGACGGCCACCUGACGAGCGCGCCUCCCGCCAGGGCGGCGCAGGCCAGCGGCGUUGCCACGGCCAACGGCGCGGCGGCGCCGCCCUGGCCGCGGAUGGCUGGGCCGAACCAGCUGGUCGCUUCUGGCGCGGACGCCCCGCCCCCCGCCGUCGGCGGCGCCCAGCCGCCGGUGAGGCUGGCAGCCCUGCUGGCGGGCGUGAACCUCGCCAGCUUCGUGGCCCCGCUGGCGCGGCUCGGGGUGGAGGGGCCCUCCGACCUCCCGUACGUCACGGAGGAGGACCUCGAGGGCAUGGGCAUGUCCGUGAUCCAGAGGCGGAAGUUCAGGAACCUGGUGGACGGGGCGUCGGGCACCGGCUCGACCGACGCGGCGUCCGAGGAGCCGGGCAGCGUGCCCACGAGG